UCGCAGCUUUCAGUUUUCAAUUUAAAAACAGUCAGCAGAACAACAAAUACAAAUAGUUUUGGACUAAGAAGUGCUUUACAUUUUGUGUGUUGCAGUAAAGUUCGAUUCGCAGCGUGGAUAAAGGGCGCAAGGAACUAAUAGAAAUUAAACGGUUCAGUGCGGCUCCGUAACUGUUUCCUCCACCUGUUUGCUGCCUGUUCUUGCUGCGCUGCCUGCGCUGCCUGCGUGCGUAGAAUUUGUGAAAAGAGAAAGUUGGGCGCCGACCGACGACUGCUGCCGCCGCUGGAACAGUCGCAACUCACAACCAGCUGCGCGUGCGCAACGACACACUUCACGGGGGAAAUUGGUGAAUAUUCCUUCCAGUGCAUCUCCGAAAAUGGGAACCAAGCAGACUGUGUCGCCGAAGCAGGUGGCUGGUGGCAAUGCCAAGGCCAGGGCAAAGCCAAAAUCGGACACUCCACCGCCCUCGCCCGCUGAUGAAUCGCCGAUCAAGAGCAAGCCAAAUGGACGCGAGUCGAAGAGCCGCGAAUCGCCAGCGGAGGCCAACACCCUGCCACCCCAGAAGUCGGUGGUCGUCGCGUACGUUCUGUGGCUGUUUGGAGGCAUUUUCGGCCUGCAUCAUCUGUACCUGCACCGCGAUCGCCACGCCUUCAUUUGGGGUUGCACGCUGGGCGGCUACAUGGGCAUUGGCUGGAUAAGUGAGCUCUUCCUGAUACCCGAGUACGUGCGGGAUGCCAACGAGGAUCCGCGAUUCGUGAAGGCGUUCGUGGCCAAGCUGCAGGCCUUUCAGCGCCCGCCGUACUCCUCCAAGCGCUUCGUGGGGCAGGUGAUGAUUGGCCACCUAUUUGGACAGCUCUUCGCCAUGGCCAUACCGCAGACAGUGGUGGCUGGGCUCGACCUGUCCUUCCUGCACUGGGCCAUUCCCCUCUUCGUGUCCCUGGGCAUCUGGCUGGUGGGAAACAUUGGCCGCGAGCAGGGCGUGUGGUGGCACUGCCUGCUGGCCGCCUAUUUGGCCUAUCCAGCGCGGUUCCUCAUCUACGACGAGACCUACUCCCUGCUGCUGACGGGCCUGGUGUCCGCCCUCACGUUUGACGGCAUCUCGAAGCAGUGGCGCAGAACGCCGCCACGUCGUGGACGACCCGUGGAGCGAUCCCUGAAGCUGACGGGAGCCAUUCUGAUCUACUGCACCUUCUGGGGCAGCUUCGUCUACUUCAACGGCACCAUUUCGGACGAGGAUGGUGGCGAGGUGCCCAUACACGAGGCCCUGCACAACUUCCUUGCCUCCGCCUGGUGGACGGAUCUGAAGCAGGCCCUGCACGACACCUACAACUACGCCCAGCAUCACGGCUGGUACGAGACCUGGAAGGAGGUAUUCGAGAGCAUGGACGUGGACGGCGAGCGCAACUCCUACAAAGUGCUGGGCGUCAGUGCCACCGCAUCGCAGGCCGAAAUCACGGCCGCCUAUCGCAAGCUGUCCAAGGAGUACCAUCCAGACAAGGUCAAAGACGAGGCACUGCGCGCCGAGGCCCACCAGCGCUUCAUCGAGGUCCAGCAGGCCUACAGCGUGCUCAGCAAGAUCAAGUCAAACCGCCGGCGUAAGAACAAGCAGUUCCAGGACGACGAUGCAAUUGUUCUCUAGGACAGUCCACAAUUUAAGUUAGUCUAAGUUAGUCCCCUGCCCCCCCGCCCUUAAAUAUAACUUUCCAUCGAAUUGUGUGGAGCGGCAAGCGCUUACGUGGAAACCGAUAAGGCCGCGGUUCUGCCGGCUCAAAGCGUGACACAGCCACAGCUACCCCCCGCCCUCUACACGCGCUCCAAUUGCUAAAUCACGACAACACUGAGAGCUCUUAUUCUCCACAAUUAGUUUUCAUAUUCAUUUAUUUAUUUUAUAUAUUUUACAUAAUAUAAUGAACUACUUAACAAUCUAGGCAAAAAAAAAAGAAAAAAUAUUUCGUGUAAUUUAAUUAAAUUUUUUUUUUCGUUUCAAUUUGUUGUAAACAAUGUUCUUGUGUGUGUGUGUGUAUAUUUUUGUUGCACUAAUAUAUAGUGGGAAACGCGUUUCAAUAAACGGAAAAAUAUAUUUAUGUAUUUAUG